AUGGCGCGGACCCUGAGACCCGACGACAUCAACCCCCGAACGGGGCUGGUGGUGGCUCUGGUCAGCGUCUUCCUGGUGUUCGGCUUCAUGUUCACCGUGUCCGGCAUCAAGGGAGAGACCCUGGGGGACAUCCCGCUGCUGGCCAUCGGGCCGGCCAUCUGCCUGCCGGGCAUCGCCGCCAUCGCCCUCACCAGAAAGACUGACGGCUGCACCAAAUGGCCCAAGAACAAGUGUCCGUGCUGCAAGCAAGUCAAGGACCGGGAUGUCAUGGAGCUGCUGAGGACCCCCUCGGACCUGGAGUCUGGCAAGGGGAGUUGCGACGAGCUGGCCAAGAAGGCAUACCAGAAGGAUGGGAGAGUGCUGCGGGGCGAGGACUCUGUGUCCAUCUGCACCACCACCACCACCACCACCAUGGGAGAGUGCAAGAGCCUCAUCAGAAAGGUGGAGCAGGAGGAGAUGCUGAGAUACCUGGAGACCUGUUACCCAGAGAUGCCAGGGAAUGUGUUUGUGGGAGACGGCUCCAUGUACAGUGCCUUGGAGAAGGAGAGCUCUUCUCCCACCAGGGACAGCACUUCUUGCCCUGACAUUGAAGACAACAUUUUUGUUGCUCCUAAAGACAGCAUCAUUGUCUGCUCUUACAAGGAGAACAGCCCUUAUGACAGAUACUGUUGUUACAUAAACCCUACGGGAGUCAACUCAGACCAGGAGACCAUAGUGUGA